ACGCCCAAAAUAUUUAUUGUUCAGGAAUGGUCGAUUCCAAUAUGGUACACAAAACCCUCAGUGGACAGCCAAUUAUACCUCUCGGUGAUAAGGCAUUGUGGCUCCGGUGACCGUUGAUAGAUUUCUAGCCUAUCAAUAUUUAGGUCAAUUAGAAUUUAUGGAAAUAUAUCCAAUGUAAGAAAAAUACCCUUGAGCAGGAAAAUAUGGCUAAAAGACGACGUAUAGCAAAGGCUUUGCUUGCUGCUGUUAUUUUGAUAUUUAUAUUGGACGUUUACUACUCAAGCAGAGAUUCUGCAAGCUCUAAAUUUCGAAGAAAAUCUGACUCUGCUUGUUCGUACUGCAUCGAUAUAUAUUCGUUAUGGAAUCAUAACGCAUGGAAUGACACCUUUCAAUCUACCGAACAAGCAGAUAUCUCCUGUCAGUCAUCGCACCACAUUGUUUUUCUGAAGACACAUAAAACAGGAAGCUCAACCGUUACUUCAAUCCUUCAGCGAUUCGGUUUCUUGCGAAACUUAACGUUUGCUAUACCACCCAGAGGAGGACAUAUAAUAAGUUUACAAAAAUUCAACAGACGUCAAGUUCUUGCUGGAACAUACGACUUGAUAGUGAAUCACGUACGGUACAAUCGCAUAGAAAUGGAGUCAGUUACAAACCCAGAUAGUAAAUACAUUACAAUAAUCAGAGAUCCUGCAACUCAGUUAGAAUCUGUCUUCGGAUACUUUCAGCUUUUCCGCCCUUUACAUUUAAGUGAUAAAAAAAAUCCGUACAGUGAAUUUAUAUCGCGACCACAGUACUAUCUUCAUAGAAACACUAACUUUGGAAUGAGAAGUUACCUGAGAAAUCCACUUCUUUAUGAUCUUGGACUCGAUCGAGAACAGCAACUAGAUGUGUCAAUAGUAAACCGUACGAUAAGCAAACUAGCGAAAGAAUUUGAUCUUGUAAUGUUGCAAGAAUAUUUCAACGAAUCAUUAUUGCUAUUAAAGAAACUUUUGUGUUGGGAAUGGGAUGAUAUUAUCUACCUAACUAAAGGUGAAAGAAUUAAGACAUUAAGGUACGCUGUCGCUAAUGACAUCAGAAAGAAAACGAGAAAAUGGUGUGCAUCAGAUGUUAUGUUAUACGACUAUUUCAAUGCCACAUUUUGGGAAAAGGUGAAGAAUUACGGACCAGAAUUUGAAACGGAUUUGAAGAUUUUAGAAUCGAAAUUGAAUGAAACCAAGUAUAAUUGUACGCUGCCCGAGGAAAGGCCCAAUGUAAAAUUCAGAGCCUAUGAAGCUAUCCCAAAUCCUGGCGCAAAUACGUUAUGCAGAUACAUGCUAAAAUCAGAUAGACAAUUUACACAAAUUAUUCGAGCUAAACAAGAAGAUAGGUUAAUAAAGGAAAGACAAAAACAAAAUCAUACGAAAAUAUAAGAUGAAAUAUUUUUGAAAACCAGUAAAUUACAUAAUAAAACAGCAUAAAUGUAGGCCUAUAUGAAGUAAUAAAAUACGUUCAAACACUACGACACUACGGUACAUCAUAAAACACUUAGGCCUAAAAUACAAAAUAAUAGCGACAAUAAGAAUCCGUGCAUAUAUAUAUAU